AUGGGUAUAUCCCGCGACCAUUGGCAUAAGCGACGAAAUACAGGUGGUAAGAGGAAGCCACCGCAUAAGAAGCGGAAGUUCGAAUUAGGUCGUCCGCCAGCGUUGACGAAGGUAAUUCGUGCUCGACUAAAAAGCCUUCGGGGUGGAAACAAGAAGUUUCGAGCGUUGAGGCUUGAGACCGGAAAUUUUUCCUGGGGAUCGGAAGGUGUUUCGCGUAAGACCCGUAUCAUCGACGUUGUUUAUAAUGCAAGCAAUAACGAGUUGGUCCGCACCAAAACUCUUGUGAAAGGUGCCAUCGUGUUGAUAGACGCAACACCAUUCAGGCAGUGGUACGAAAUGCAUUACACUGCGCAAGAGGAAGAACUGUUCAGUGAUAAGAAGAGCAAGAACAGUCAGAAAAAAUACGAAGAAAGGCAGAAAAGUGCCAAAGUGGAUCCCCAUUUGGAAGAACAGUUUCAAAGCGGCAGAGUUUUAGCAUCGAUCAGCUCACGACCAGGUCAGGUAGGCCGUGCCGACGGUUAUAUCUUGGAAGGCAAAGAAAUGGACUUUUACAUUAAAAAGAUCAAAGCGAAGAAAACAAAAUAA